CGGCAAGAUCUUGCGAUUAAUACCAUACAUAGCAAACACUUGAAGCCCCAUACCUUGUCAGGCAGUUAAUCCUAAUGGUCCGAGGUACAUGAGUUGACUCAGACCGUUAUGCCACCUUGUGCUUCCCCUCAAGAUUGCACUACACCAAAAAGCGGCCUACAGGCAGGCUUUCUUGCUACAUGUGUAUUUCCAGUGCCACUACUUAUGUCAGGAAAGCAACCACUGACGAUGAUCUUCUUGUCUCAGCACUCAUGUCAGCGGGCUUCGAUCCGAGAGGUCGAGCUGCUGUCAAUGAUGAGGGAUUGGGGCGAGGAGUACCAUGUUCCAUCAACAAGCCUGAAACUGAUUAACAUAUAAACACGCAGCGCAGACUUCCUUGGGACGAAAUCUCGAGAACUUUCAUUCUCGCUCUCUCCUAUAAUCAAAAUAACCCCUUUUUAAGUCCUCAUACUAAGAAAUCGUCGCAAUGUGGCCCUCUCAACUCUUACCAUUCCUCCUCGCCCUCGCCGCUACCACCUGCGCCGGCUCCCCCCUGUACGCGGCCAUCAUCCCAACGAUCCCAAGCCUGACCAUCACGCCCACCAUUCUCAACAUCUCAACUCCCCUAAUCCCCAUCCCCACCUUCAGCACCAGCCGCAUAACCCGGCACACACCACUCCCGCUCCACAGCACCACAGCCAAGACACCAUCAUCCAACUCGACCAGCGCCAGCACCGGCGUGAUCCCGCACCCGCUCAGCCCGACCAACACCGCGGGGCCGCGCGUCGCGCGCGGCGACAUCCACAGCGGCGUGACGACGGCGACGCUGUACAGCGACGGGCACGCGUACACCGUAACCCAAUACAGCGAGGUGAACCCGGAGCUGUCGACGAUCGGACUGACCACCACGAUGCGGGACGGCACGCUCGUGACCGCGCCCGCCACCAUGCCCAUCAUCAGCGCCACGUCGGACACCGGGUCGCCGUGGAGGACCACGGCUACUAGUAGCACGUGGUCGUGGUGGAGCGAGGACCCGGGCAUGAGCAGCCGCGUGAGUGUCGGGCUUCCUACCGUAACGUCGGCUUUUUGAUGAGGAUAGGGGUCGGUGCCUAAGGGUGAGAGGGGUAUAGGAAGGGCCCUCGCGAGAUUGAAAUUUAGAGACUCGUUCAGGUGGGGUUAGGUGAUAGCAGAGUAUGGAGGAUGCGUUUGGGUAUUAAGAGGUGCUAAUUUUCUUUCUUGUUAGUAUUGCGGCCAUGGACAGUUAUUUUUCUCGCGAUAUGGGAAUAGGGGGGAAGGAGGCUACGAUGCAAUAUCGUUUUAGAA